GCUCUGCAGCAUGUGCCUUCGAGGCAGGGAUGAGGAGCCGGCACAAGUCUACGCCGAAGGACCACGACGACAGUAUCCUUCAGAUGUUUCUACCAGGCAGUCUAUGGAGAAACGUAUCAAUUACAUGCAAAACCUAAAGAAAGAGAAGAGGAAAUUAGGGAAAAGGUUUGCAAGGCCUACCCCGAUUCCAGAUCCAGGAAUCCUGUGGCCAUAGGCCUGGAGUCUUCUAGAAGAAACCAGGCUCCAGACCAAAAUAUGUGGACUUCUGACAUUGACCAACCGGUCAUGGCUUGACUUCAUCUGAAAAAUAAAGGAAUGUGUGGCCAUUCUGCAAAAUAAACACUGAGCUUGCACUUCA